GUCGUUGCUCGUUGCUUGUUGCUGUAGCUUCGAUUUCACUCCCCCCCUCUUUACUCCCAUCUCCCUUUCUCUCUCUCACACACACACGCACUACUCCCACCAAAUUCGCCGAUCCCGUUUUUCUCUCUCCAGAAUCCUCGAGUGAACCUCCAUGAGUUUCGUAGCCAUUUCAAAUCUCCGGUUCAUCACCGUCACAACGCUAUAUUUGUUCCUAGCAUUAGUUUUAUUGGUGAUCGACUGCACCGACGCCUCAAUCCACGUGUACGAUCGAGAUCCAUUCCGAGAAGUCGGCAAUGCUUAUCUUGUCUCCGGGGGUAGCGAAGGUCUCGCCGCAUCUCGCAUCACAACUCCGCUCCCGCAUCAUAUACCCUCAUCCAAUGCCAAUGACGGUCGUUCCUAUAUCGGAUUUCAAAACAUCACAUUUCAUAGGACUAAAGAAGCUUCAUCCAAUCAUUCAAGAACAGCACGUCGCACCGGAUUAGUACAAGUUAUAAUCUUUGAGGCUGCAGACCGUGAUAACAUUGGUGGGUCUGCAUACGGAGGACAAAGAUCCAUUUGUUGCACCUCUGAUUUAUCUAAAAUCGAAGGCUGCAAACAAGGAGAAGUCAUCAGAAUCCCAUCUAAAAGAGACCCCAAUUGGCCUGUAACUGUCAAUGUCUACUUUCGUGGACAAUCCACAACUGCACAAUUAAAAACCACAGAAGCUUACAUCACAAAAACCGGAAUGUACAACUUGUUCUUCAUAUCAUGUGACCCAACUCUCAAAGGAAUGACAUUGACUGGUCAAACCUCAUGGAAGAACCCCGAUGGAUACUUACCUGGAAGAAUGGCUCCUUUGAAGAAAUUCUAUGUGAUCAUGGCAAUUGCUUAUCUUCUUCUUUGUGUAGCCUGGUUUUCUCAAUAUGUGAGGUUUUGGGAUGAUGUGUUGCAACUUCAACAUUGGAUUAGUGUGAUUGUUGGUGUUGGGUUGUUUGAAAUGACACUUUGGUACUUUGAUUAUGCGUAUUUUAAUAACACUGGAACAAGGCCAGUUGUGAUUACAACAUGGGUUGUGACUGUUGGAGCUUUAAGGAGAAGUGUUUCAAGGUUGCUUAUGCUGUGUGUUUCUAUGGGGUAUGGUGUUGUGAGGCCUACACUUGGUGGGCUUACUACAAAAGUCAUGCUUCUUGGGGUAACCUACUUUUUGUCAACUGAGUUGUUGAAUAUUACUGAGUAUGUUGGAGCUAUAAGUGAUAAAGCUGGAAGAGCUAGGGUUAUUCUUGUCCUUCCUAAUGCACUUUUGGAUGCCUUUUUGAUCAUGUGGAUUUUCACUUCUCUUUCAAAGACACUUACACAGCUACAGGCGAAAAGGAGCUCUGUUAAAUUGGAUACUUAUAGGAAGUUCUCAAAUGCAUUAGUAAUUACAGUUGUUCUUUCAGUUGUUUGGAUCGGGUAUGAGGUUUACUUCAAAGCAACGGAUCCUUUCAAUGAGAGAUGGCAGAGUGGGUGGAUUAUCACUGCAUUUUGGGACAUUCUUGCAUUUGCAUUGCUUUGUGUUAUCUGCUAUCUGUGGGCCCCAUCACUGAGUUCUCAAAGAUAUGCAUAUUCAGAAGAAAAAGGUGAGGAUUCUGAUGGAGAAGAAAGUGAAGCACUUUACAGUGGAACACCUAAAGGUGACAUCAGCUUAGUCAACCAGGAAAGACGAGAAAAGAAUGGUCAAAAUGUGGAUGAGUUUGAUUUAGAAGAGGAUCAUGAUGCAGAAGAAGAUAAUGGAAUGUAA